AUGACGUGGUGCUUUAGCUUGUAUUUAGUACAGAUAUGCAUUACAAUCGGCGUAUCUGCACACAAAUGCAAUGUCAAUCAAGCUAUGAAAAACCAACAAGUGGUACCUGAUGUCAUUCCCGUUGCUCCAAAAGAAAUUCUUCAAGUAAAUUAUAUUAGUGGUGCGAAAGCUUUACUUGGAAAUGAACUUACACCCACUAAUGUGAAAGACCAGCCGUCAGUUAGUUGGAAUGCUGAUUCUAAUUCAUUUUAUACACUAUGUUUGACCGAGCCUGAUGAUCCGAGUCGUGCUGAGCCUACACAAAGGGAAUGGCAUCAUUGGCUGGUAGGAAACAUACCCGGUGGAAAUGUGAGCCUGGGAGAAACGCUUUCCGGAUACAUAGGUUCUGGACCUCCACCAAAUAUCGGGUUAAAUCGUUAUGUGUUUUUAGUAUACCAACAACCGUCUAAACUGUCAUUCGACGAACCGCGUUUAAGCAAUAGGUCUGUCGAACAUCGUAACAAAUUUUCAAUCAAUAGAUUUGCGUUGAAGUACAAUCUAGGAACACCUGUGGCUGGUAAUUUUUAUCUAGCUCAAUACGAUGAUUAUGUUCCAAUAUUAUACCAACUAUUAGGAAUAAAUUAA